AUGUGCAUUGACAGCAGGAGUGUGAACAACAUAACCAUCAAAUAUAGGUUCCCUAUACCAAGAAUAGAUGACUUGUUAGAUGAAUUAGCUGGCUCCCAAUGGUUUAGUAAGGUGGACUUAAGGAGUGGAUACCACCAAAUCAGAAUGAAUGAGGGAGAUGAGUGGAAAACAGCUUUUAAAACCAAGUAUGGUCUGUGUGAGUGGCUUGUGAUGCCCUUUGGUUUAACUGGAGCCCCUAGCACCUUCAUGAGACUUAUGAAUGAAGUCUUAAGACCAUUCUUAGGUAACUUUAUAGUUGUUUGCCUUGAUGACAUACUCAUCUAUAGCAGGGGAAUAACAGAGCAUUUAGACCACCUUCAGCAGCUGUUUGAUGUGUUGAGGAAGCAGAGGUUGUAUGGUAAAUUAGAGAAAUGCAGCUUCUUUUUGCCUGAGGUAAAUUUCUUAGGGUACAUAAUAGGCAAAACAGGGGUGAUAGUAGACCCAAGCAAAGUGCAAGCUAUUAAGGAUUGGCCUGUACCUACUACACUGACACAAAUUAGGUCUUUUCAUAGCCUAACUUCAUUCUACAGGAGAUUCAUUAAGAACUUCAGCACCAUCAUGACACCCAUCACUGAAUGCACUAAGAAGGGAAAAUGGAUUGGAGCUGUGCUUGUGCAAGAGGGUAGACCUGUAGCAUACUUUAGCGAAAAACUUAACCAAAGCAGACUUAAUUACUCCACUUAUGACAAAGAGUUCUAUGCUAUCAUAAGAGCUCUUGAGCAUUGGAAGUAUAACCUGCUUGGGAUAGUUGGCUCCAGAAUUAUCGGGUUUGAGAUGCUUAAGGAGCAAUAUUCCACUUGUCCUGAUUUUUCUGAAGUAUAUCAAAAGUGCCAGACCAUACCACAGAGGUUAUUUAGCAUAAAACAGGGGUUUUUGUUCAGUGGAAACAAACUAUGCAUACCACAGUCACCUUUGAGGUUAGUGCUUGUGAAAGAAAUCCAUGAAAGAAGUUUGGGAGGGCAUUUUGGGAUACAAAAGACCCUUAAUAUGCUGGCCAAACACUUCUACUGGCCUAGGAUGCUAGGAAUAGUAGGAAAGCAUGUGCUGAAACAUGAGACUUGUCUCAAAGCUAAGGUGACUUUUCAUAAAGGGGAAUACCUACGUCUACCUAUACCACAUAGACCUUGGGAACAUGUCAGCAUGGAUUCCAUGAUGGCCUUACCUAAAACCAGGAAGGGCAAGGACUCAAUUAUGGUGGUUGUGGAUAGAUUCUCUAAAAUGGCACACUUUGUUUCUUGCACAAAAGUUAAUGAUGCACAGGGUAUAGCUAGAUUGUAUUUUUCUGAAAUUGUUAGACUUCAUGGCAUACCUAAGACCAUAGUUUCUGAUCGAGAUAGUACAAAGUUGUUGUUUAGUACUGCAUAUCACCCACAGACUGAUGACCAAACAGAGGUCACUAAUAGGACCUUGGGCACCCUUCUUAGGGUCUUGGUUAGUAAGAACUUAAGGGAUUGGGACAUGAAAUUGUGUCAUGCUGAAUUUGCAUACAAUAGCAGCCCAAGUCAUGCAACUAAGCAUUCACCCUUUGAGUGUGUAUAUGGUACUAACCCAUUGCUACCUGUAUCUAUGAUUGAUUUACCCUGUUCGGAUGAAAUAAAUGCAGAUGCAGCAGCCCAAAUACAGAGCAUGGAGGCUUUACACAAAGAGGUUCAGAGGAACAUUGAAGAGGCUAGUAGGAAGUACAAGCUGCAAGCUGACAAGCAUCACAAAUCAAAGCAGCCUAUCAAGGAAGGUGAUCUUGUUUGGGUCCACAUCAGAAAAGAAAGAUUUCCUCACUUGAGAAAGAACAAGCUCAUGGCAAGAGCCAUAGGUCCAUUCAAGGUUCUGCAAAAGUAUGGCCCUAAUGCAUUCAAGAUUGAACUACCAGAAGAAUACAACAUCUCCUCCACCUUCAAUAUAGGAGAUCUGACCUUAUAUGAGCCUGUUCUAGAAUUGGGGACAAUUCUUCCCCAAGAGGGAGGAGUUGAUACAAAUGUAUCAAGUGAUCAAGACCAUGCAAACAACCUACAAGCACAAAACAAUGGUUCUAACUUGACAUCUACGCCAAAUACACAUGGAAGACAGAAGCAAGCCAAGGAUACUAUCCAAGGGUUGGGUAUGAACCCAAGAUCACGUAUUGGGUGCAUAGAAGCAAAGCCAACACCAAAGAAUAGCAUCAUAGGCAUGAAACACCAAACAGACAGCAGAAUCCAAGGAGCAGAACGAUCUGGCAACCAGCGGACCUUGCUGAACAUCCUGAGCGCAGACCUGCAUCACCCAGACCCUGAUCAAGGUUGGGAUGUCAUCUUUGCACAUGGGCCAAGCCAUCAAGGGCCCAGAAUCUCACUUAUAUUGACGGUGACUUCAUCAAAGGUAUACAGAGUAUCCUUUGAUCCUUGUGGAUUCAAGGGUUGUGGAGAAACCUUGAUAGUGCAAGGAAUUCGUGUGUGCAUAGCAUGGAAGGCAUUGUACGUUUAUUGCUGUUAUACGUACAUUGACAUAGGCCCUGAUCACCUACAUCAGAAAACCAAGAAAGGAUUUCUUAGUUCUGUUUGUGGUUGUUGA